CUGAAUAUGACGCAUCAGGGCAUCAAAGCACAAGAUAGACCUGCUAAAAUACUCGAAGUGCAUCUGUUCAACAUAUGGCGUAGGCUUCCUGCAAGUUUGUGGCUUUGGCAACAACAGCGAGAGGAAGCAAACUCAUAAUCAGAACUACCAGCUUCUUUUAGUUCAGAGCAAGUGCAAUUUUCACUCCCUUUUUCAGCGGCAGUACGUGAAAUAAAUAACAAGACAGUAACUUUGGUCAUGUGGUUCCUCUUGUUCACUCUUUUGCUGCUGGAUAGAGAAGCAGUUUUGUCUCAGGAAUGCGCCAAAACAAAUGUGAAAAAUUGCAAUGACUGUAUGGUUUCAGGCCCUAACUGUGUCUGGUGCAAACAAAAGAACUUCACAAAACAUGGAGAGCCAGAUUCGACUCGCUGUGAUACUGAACAGCAGCUUCUCAACAGGGGUUGUGAAAAAGCAAACAUAAUUGACGUUGACAGCAUAUAUUCCAUAAUACAGAACGACCCUGUUAGAGGAGGUGAAAGGCCUACACAGCUGGCACCACAGAAAAUCCAACUGAAACUCAGACCUGGAAAACCAUCAACUUUUAAAGUGUACUUUAUGCGUGCAGAAGGCUACCCUGUGGAUCUUUACUAUCUUAUGGAUCUUUCCUACUCAAUGAAAGAUGAUUUGCAUAACGUGAAAACAUUGGGAUCAAAAAUCCUGGAUGCUCUUAACAGUAUCACCAAAAAUUCACGCAUUGGUUUUGGGUCUUUUGUGGACAAAACUGUUUUGCCAUACACAAAUACGCACCCAGAUAAGCUGAAAAAGCCAUGUCCAGAAACAGAAACAUCUUGUCAGCCAGCUUUUGGAUAUCAGCAUGUACUUGAUUUGACAGAGAACGGGGAAAAUUUUAAGAAUGAAGUUUCAAGACAGGCCAUUUCAGGAAACCUUGAUGCACCAGAAGGUGGCUUAGAUGCCAUCAUGCAGGCUACAGUCUGUGAAAAAGACAUCGGGUGGAGAAACAACACCCGCUUGUUGGUCUAUGCUUCAGAUGAUGGCUUCCAUUUUGCAGGAGAUGGGAAACUGGCAGCAAUUCUUACACCUAAUGAUGGCCAGUGUCAUAUGGUAAAUAAACGCUACUCCAAAAGUAAUGAAAUGGACUAUCCUUCUGUGGGGCAAGUGGCACAAAAACUUCAACAGAAUAAUAUCCAACCAAUUUUUGCUGUUACAGAGAACAUGUAUUCUGUAUAUGAGGAACUUAGUCAGAUGAUCCCGAAGUCAGCAGUUGGCAAGCUGUCAGGUGACUCUAGUAAUGUUGUAACACUCAUAAAAGAAGCAUACAAUAACCUCUCAUCAACUGUUAUUCUAGAGCACAGAUCCCUUCCAGAAGGACUUAAAAUUUCAUACAAUUCAAAAUGCUCUGGAGGAACAAAUGAAGACAAAGGAAGAUGCACAAAUGUUAAAAUCAACGAGGAGAUUUCUUUCGAUGUAACUGUGACUGCGGAAAAGUGCAUUAGUGAGCAAAGCUUUGAAAUCAGUGUGUUGGGCUUCACAGAAAAAAUUAUUGUUCAAGCACAACCCCAUUGUACAUGCAAUUGUGAUGAGGUGCCAGAUCCCAAAGACUGCAACAUGAGUGGAAAGAUUACCUGUGGAAUCUGUAGCUGUGAAGAAGGAUUUGUAGGCCAGAACUGUGAAUGUAGACUCGGGGCGAAGAGUGAAAAAGAUUUGGUCAAACAGUGCCAGCGGGACAACAGUAGUAUCAUCUGCUCAGGUCUAGGUGAUUGCGUUUGUGGCCGGUGUCAGUGUCACAGUGGAGAUACAGAAGGAAAAGUGAUCUAUGGCACAUACUGUGAAUGUGACAACAAGAACUGUGAAUUGAACAAUGGACAGAUCUGUGGAGGAAAAGGAGCGUGUGACUGUGGAAAAUGUCAUUGUCAGGUGGGCUAUGAAGGCAGUGCUUGUCAAUGUAAAAAGUCUGAGGAGGGCUGCAAAAACAGCAGAAACUCUGUGUGUAGUGGGAGGGGCACCUGUGAGUGCAACACGUGUAAAUGCAAAGAUGGUUAUCAGCAGCCUUUCUGUGAGGAGUGCCCGGCCUGCCAGCUCCCUUGUGCGGAAUAUGCGCAAUGUGCCGAAUGUCAUCUACAGGGAUCAAAGGACUGUAAGUCACAGUGCUUGGGGAGCUCUGCAAAUGUAACCGAAAGGCUGGUUAGUGCAGAAUGCAAACACAAGGACUCUACAGGCUGCAUGAUAUUCUUUAACAUGAGGCAACUGGAUGGAGACAAUAUCUAUUACAUUGAAGUUAGUAGACGCAAAGAAUGUGUUGAACCUCCAAGCAUUGAAGCCAUUGUUGGAGGAACAAUAGCUGGAGUAGCACUGAUUGGCUUGCUUCUUCUUCUUCUAUGGAAGGCAGUCACUCAUUAUCAAGACCUUAAGGAGUUCCGCAAAUUUGAAAAAGAGAAACAAAAAGCCAAGUGGAACAAUGCAGAUAAUCCACUUUUCACAAGCGCAACUACUACUGUAAUGAAUCCUCGAUUCACUGGAGAUGGAAAGUAGACUGAAGACGUGCAGGAUUGGUAGCUGAAAUCAUGUAAAAUUAAUAUUUGCUAUUCUUAUGAGUAUUAUUAAUUCAGAUAUAUAUGAUUGUUACUUACCUCUGUUAAUUUGUUAAAGACCUUUAGGAGUAUUUGUUUUACAUUACCAUUUCAGUUUUUAAAAAGUCAUCAUUUAAACCUGGUUGGACUCUGUCCCUGCUGUCAAAUUCAAUAUGAAAAGAAUGAUGGCUUCCCUCUGAACCCAGCAUUUGCACAAAAGGCCUGGUAGGUUUUAAUUUAUUGUAUGAGGCCCUCUAGUGUACACAUUUGGAACUGCACUGAAAGCUACAAAAUAUUUACUUGGAAAUGAUUUUAUGGUCCAUCCUUACAUGAACUUUCUUACGUUUUUGCUAAACAGAUUAAAUUACACAUUGUGUGCUUAGAGAUAUUUUAAUAUGCUGCAGAAACUUUUUUUUAUAAUUUUUGCUAGAAAUAUUACAGAGACUUUUUUUUUACUCCUUGUAAAGGGGGUGAUCACAUUGCAAAGAUCAUAAUUGUGCAGCCUGUUGCAAGAUGGUAUUUUACAAAUUAACCUGCAUUACUCCUCUGCGAGAAGACCACCUUUGCUUAUGACUUUACCCAAAUGUGCUCUGUUCCUUCUGUCUUCUGUUCCCCACCGUUGCAUAUAGCAAUAUUCAGAAUUCCCAAAACAAAAAUCAAAAUUUUCAAAGAAUAUCAAAAUGCCAACAAAGUAAAGAAUAAAAAAUAAUUUAAAAAAAAAGGAAUAAUUGCAAGAACCCAACUAUACCAACAAGACUGAAUGGUAGAUGUUUCAGAAUGCAAUUUACAGGUAAAGGAUGAAAAAAAACCUUCAAAGCAGAGCCCAUCUUUACACACAAACAAAAAACCAUGAUUGUUGCACUAAGAAUAAUGCAUGUGCCACAAUGUGAGCUUUAACUUAGAUGUAAAUUGUGUUAAGAAUGGUCUAAAUCGGGGCAUUUUAAUGUAUAGGCACAAUGGGCACUGACUGUAGGUCCACAAUAUUUCUGAUGCCUAUGUAUGUUUCUGUUUUGCUAUCAAAGUGCACUACUUCAUCCGUGGGGCUAUGAUGCUAUUAAGAUGGCCUUGGAAAUAUGUUUGUUCUAUAGCUUCAGUAUUCAUGUGUAACAUGACAUGCUACAUUUUCUGCAUACUUUUUAUGGACAAAUCUGGUUUAUAAAUAAUAUGUUAUAGUAAACCAGUGCAGUCUUUAGGGUAACAAAGCUCCAACAUCAUUACAAUAAUCCAGCCAGCCACCAUCGGAAUGAAGGCUUUCGACAUAAAUGGAGUUGUUGGCCAUAGGUGAUGGUGAUGUGCCUGCUGUCACUUUACGUCUAAGAAACUACUGUUAUUGAGGUGUAAAAUGGAAUGCAGACAUUUCAAAUUAUAAGGAGAGAGGCCAUUCAUUUAGGUUCAUAGACUACACUGUCUAAGAAGGGAUGUCUUUGCAACUUUUAAAAGAAAAUGGUAGAAAUUUCAAGCAGUUUUCUUCUUCCAGCUGCAACUGCUUUUGCCAUCAUGGGCAGGACUGAGGCAUAAAGUUGAACAAAUCCUGGGUGGCUCACCCACCCAUCACAGAGAGGGGGCGCUCAUGUAUGCCCUCACGUGAUGAACUAAAUUCAUCCUUUAACUGAAUCUUUGGCAUGUGGGAGAAAUUCAGAGGGACCAUCGAAAAGUCACCCAAAGACCUGGAGAAUCGCACAUAGACCGUGAAGCGGCUGUGAUUUAAACCGAGCGCUAACAUCGGAAUGAUUGUGCCAUAUUUACAAUAUAUUAGUCUGGAUGCACAUUCAUUCACUGCCACAUACAUAAAGGCAAGUUAAGGUACAUACGUUUCUUGGAAAUAAGUUAUGAAAAGUAAAUGCAUAUAUUUUUUAUGACAUUUUAAUAACUCAGCUAUAUUUAAAUACAAUUUACACUCCAUUGCAACACUGUUAUUUUCUUAAUCAGUAUUUGUGAAAUAAUUUUGUAAAGUUAUGUGUUUUUAUCUGUAAUAUUUAAAUAAUUUACAUAACAAAUCGAACAAUUUCUUAUCUUUUCUAUUCAAAAUAUUGGUUAGGAUGAGUUGUUAGUUUUAUUAGAGUAAUUUAAGAAAAUUAAAUAAUAGUAUUCAUUCUUUUUAUAUCCCAGCCAACUCUGAAUGUGAAAAUGCCUUGAACAAGUUAAUAAAAAUAAUUCUCACCAAAGAAA